UUUCUGGUUGAGCCAGCCUUAAUACUCGCUCUUUCUCUUCUCAUUUCCCUUUAUUCUACCUUCUCUCUUUCCUUCCUUCUUUCUUCCCUCCGAAGCUCCUCCUAUUUCCGUUAAUGGCCGCGCAAGAUAAGGGUCGGCCUUUGCCAAAGUUCGGCGAGUGGGAUGUCAAUAAUCCUGCGUCGGCUGACGGAUUUACAGUCAUAUUUGCCAAGGCUAGAGAUGACAAGAAAUCCAGCGGCACAGCUGCAUCGGCGGCCAAGCCUUCAUCACAAAGGAAUAUACCAAAACCUAAUAAAUAUCCUCCACCGGUAUGCCUCACAUUUCUUUCUGCAACCAUCACCAUUUACGCAUUUCACUUCCUCAUUGAUCAUAUAAAUUUGUUAACUGCAGAAAAAAUGGUUCUGCUGUUUCUGAAAUCCGUAAAAUGGCAACCUUUGGAGCUAUAAACAAACAAACCCUAGUGGUAUGAAGAUUUUCAUAUGUGCAUUGUGGGACUGCAAUUGGGGAAAUUUAUGAUGGGAUGAAUAUUUUUUUACUUUGUCUUCAUAUAUAUAUAUAUAUUUCUGUUGUUUCCUUUUUAUUUUUUCCAACUGAGUCCAGAAAUCCUCAUUCUCUUCAUGUUUGAUGCAUUCUAGUUGGAAAGAAAGAUGAUGAGAACGAGGGCACUGCACUUUUCUUCUUCACGUGUACGUGGGUAAAAUUAUCUGAGGACUUGACUUUGUGUUUUUAACUUUAACAAUUCAUAGAGUUUGCAGAUUCUCUGUAAUUUGGCUUGAAUUCUUCUUGAUUGAAUUUCCUUUUUUUUUAAAUUUAGGUGAGGAUAUGUAUAAAACUUCUAACCAUAUAAUUCCACUCUGUUAUUAUUGUUA